UAUGUGACAGUUAGUGAAUUCAAAGACAACAGAGGAGGAGAAACCAUAGAGGAGACAACAGGCUGCUGAGUUCUUUGAACAUUUUCAGUUGAAGUUCAUCCACCAAAAUGGAGAUCCAAAAAGACCUCAGGAUGAGACGACCUCAGAUGGAGAGUUACGACCAAAAGCUGGAACAACGGGCAGCAAAACAUGAGUUCUUGAGAGAUCGCAACAAUGUGACGACAUGUCGCAGCCCAGGACACAAGCUGGAGGCAGACUGGAAGAGUGAGAUGCAGCAGAAAAGACAGAUAGAGUUCCAGAGAAGGAGACAGAUUGUCCAGGCUGCCACUCAUCAGGCUGAUGAAAAGCAGUCAAACAAGGAGACCAAAGUCAUGAUGAGGACCAACAGGCAGAGAGUGCCUCUCAUCCACAGACAGUCCCUCAUAUCAGCAGAGGAUCUGGGGAUCACCUGGCCAGAUGUACACUCUAUCGGGAAGGCAACAUGGAUCACCUCACCACCACUGCAUGGGGCAGGAGGGAAAAACAAAAUAGGGCAGCUUCACUCUGACGUCUCACAGAUAUUCCCUCAAACACCACAGCAGCCCUCACUGAGGAAGAGUAUGGAUAUCAGAGAUAAAGUAGUUAAACAGGACCAGAGUGGCCUAGUAAUGUUAACCAGGCAGCUCCAACAAAGGAAUGUCUGCUGUCAGACAGAGCAUGGCUAUAGCACUGUAAAGGAGACAGACCUCGUUCAACUCUCUGAGUAUCUACAGGAGGCUCUGCGGCGAGAGGAUUCUCUGAAACAGAAGCUUGCUCUACUGCAGCACACCACCUCUACUCUACUGCUCUCACAUGACAAUGUCUGGAAGGUCUGUUGCAAAGAGGACAAGAUGAAGGGAAAGAUUGGGGCACUAGAGUCACAGCUGAAGAUCUGUGUGCAGAGGCUGUCCAGGGAUGGAGCCAAGAAGCUGCUGCUACAGUCGGAGCAGCAGAGGCAGGAGCUGGAGGAGAUGGCCGUGGCCUCACUCCAGAGGGUCACUGACCAAAAAAACAAGGCCCAGGACAGGGCUCACAGCCUUGAAAUGGCACUGCAGACUGCCCAGGUUGAGUCAUCACAGUGCCGAGAGCGCUAUGAGGAAGAGAGGAGGAAAUGCACCCAGCUGAGGACGUCUCUGGUGCAGAACAUAGACCAUAUAAACCUAUUACAGAGCCAACUAGAGAAAGUGAUGGGACAGGAUGCAACUCUGGAGAGUCAGCUGCUGCAGCACCAACACACUGAGGCUGAGCUCCACCUCAAGAUCAAUCUCCUAGAGGACAACCUCCACACCUGCAGGACACAACUAGAGACAUGGAGACAGCAGCAGCAAGACACCAUGAAACAGCAGGAGAUUGUCAGAGGACAGCAAAAGGACUCCAUAGAGCAUUCAUUGGAUGAGCAGUUUCAGCCAGCCAUGUCACACCACAGCAACAAGAAACAAAGCAUGAUGGAAGCCAAUCUCGAAAGGAGAGAGAGACGUUGUUGUCCCUGGUUCAUCCUGACCCUGUUCGUGGUAGUCAUGGUGGUGGCCAUUUUGACAUUGUUACUGGCCAAUAUCCCCACGACAAGAAAUCAGCUGUGGAACAUUUACCAAGUACUACAGGAACACACAGAGAAGUACCUCUAUGACAUGACAUUACCACAGCAUUGCUAUAGGCCCAUAUGACAAGACCUGGGAACUGAACAACCCCCUGAAGAACUUGCUCUAAAGGGUUUGGGAAAUACAGUAUGUUCUAUGUAUUUUUUACAUCACACUGGACGCAAUUUAUUUUGUCAUCGUAAAUAUCUUUGCGUCUUGAAGUCAAUUUGUAUUCAUAACCAUGCAUUAUGGUUACUGCCUCAUUCAUGCUUACUUGUUGUAUUUCCUCAGUAUAGUUGACACAUUUGCCACUUAUAACUGGACAGUAAAACUGAAAUUUUAAAUAAGACCGCUUUGCUAGUUUUGGAAAAUUUUAUUUCAAAA